CUGAGCACAAUGGCUGCAACACUCGGCUUACUGCUGGCUACUUUCAUCAUCAGCACAGUUACAGAUCUGUCCUACAGUCUUGAGAUAUGUCAGCCUGGAUGGACGAGUUACCAGAGCAAAUGUUACCAGUACUUCCCAAUCAAGAAGACCUGGAUUGACGCUGAGCUUCACUGUGUCAGCCUUGGAGGAAACCUGGCGUCUGUUCACAGCAGCGGUGCCAACCACUUCAUCACCAGACUGAUUAAGAUAAGUGACUCCCAUGAACCCCCCUCCUGGCUCGGAGGCUCCAACUGUGUGCGGAUCUCAUCAUGGCUCUGGACAGACGGGUCCCAGUGGGAUUUUGCAAACUGGUAUCCGGGUGAACCCAGCAACUCCGGUGGCACUGAGAAGUGCUUACACACCAACUAUAAUGGUCCAGGAGGCUGGAAUAACAACAACUGUGAAAAUCAGUUUCCAUUUGUCUGCAUGAGAAACGAAUGGCCAAUGCUGAGGAUGAAAAAGGAGUGAAGCCACGAGAGACACUAAAGAUGUCCGAUCUUCAUUACACUUCAGCUGUUUCUAAAUAAAAACACAUCUAGCAUUCAUCCUGCUGUCUUGUUCUCUGUAUUGUUUUCUCGCUUCUCAUUUAGGAUGGACAAGCUGCAGUACUAAG